AUGAACUACUCUAUCACCGACAUCUGUUCUCCCCACCAAUCCCUUAAAAUCUCUUUGUGCCUCGAACCAACUAAGGUCCCCUACUUCACUAGUCUCCAAAUCCGCGCUGGAAAGGAUACCCUCUUCACCAGGGUCUAUUCUCAUUAUAGUUGUAUCAAGGACUUUUUGGAGAUUCUGAGGCUACCGGAUGUGCGGAUAGAGCUAUUGGAUAUUGGAGGUGUUGAGAUAGAUCAGAAUCAUUUUCUGACUCAACUCAUCAAAAAACUCCAAGAGGGAAAUCUCAGAAUCCCCGCUGAAACUGCCCAUUUCCAUAGUACAAUCACCGAAGGUCUUGUUGAGAAACAUUUGGAACUGUUGACCUACUUCAACCCAUCAGUUCUAUAUGGAAUCGAGUUGAACACAAAAGUGUCCGCAGAGAUUCAUAAAAAGUUGGUGAGACUGGAACAAUGGAAACAGGCGAAGAAGGUGACUUACAUGUCGAUGAAAGACUGUAAGGAUGUGGUGAGGAUGGAGGAUUUUGUGCAUUUUGAGAAGAUAUUUUGGGUUGAUUUUACGAGGAAGAUGGAGGCAGAGGAGUGUUGGCAGAUUAUUAAGGCAUUCCGCCACCACGACCACCCUCGUGGCUCCUACUUCCACAUCAGUGACACCGAAAUCGACAUCAACGGAGCCAUUGCUCUAUUCGAUAUUUCAUCGAAAUGUGAGAAGAGGGAUACGGAGUAUGUGAAGCAUAUCCAACACUUCCCAUUGGAUGAUGGAGUGGUUUUGGAAAUCAGACUGUACGAAGAUCAGAUAAUUGGGAAGAAGGAGAGGAAGGAGAAGCUGGGAGAGAUGUAA